AUGUGUGUGAAAGUACUCAUUCUUUCAUUUUUUGUGAUUUUUGUGCGUUCAAAUACAUAUCAACUCGAUUCGACAAAACUCACUGCACAAGUGACGUAUGAAGACCACACCAAAUUCGAUUUUGCAGUCAACAUCUUUGCUCCAUGUUGCAAUGUGAAUAAAAUACGGACCAAAUGUGUUGUUCAUGAUUCAUCCGAGAAAGGGAGUAUCGACCAAACCAUCACAUAUGAUUAUCUUAACAUGAUUAUGACUGUACCUCUUGAUUUACCAAAUGGUCAAUACCUCAUUCUCGUAUAUAGACAUGUCGGUUCUUGUUUUGUGAAAGGGGAGCCAUACUUCUCUCUCAAUUACACAUCUGGUGGUAUCUCUCAAUCCAAACAUUAUAUCAUGCCUUACUCGAUUCAAACACACGCAAAUAUGUCUGGUGGGAAGUUGCAACACUCACAGUGA